CCUCCCUCCCCACCAGUUCCAUCGCGACCGAUUCCCAACUCGCAGCAAGCAAUCAAGCGAUUUUUCUGAGAUCUCGAGUUCUUAUUACAGUAGCAAGUUUCCGAUUUCGUCUUCGAGCUCCUUUUCUGUUUCCCCCGUUCGAGCUUAGAGAGGAGGAGGAGGAGGAGAGGGGAGAGAUGGCCAAGGGAGGAGAGGGCCCGGCGAUCGGCAUCGACCUCGGCACCACCUACUCAUGCGUCGGCGUGUGGCAGCACGACCGGGUGGAGAUCAUCGCCAACGACCAGGGCAACCGCACCACGCCCUCCUACGUCGGCUUCACCGACACCGAGCGCCUCAUCGGCGACGCCGCCAAGAACCAGGUCGCCAUGAACCCCACCAACACCGUCUUCGAUGCCAAGCGGUUGAUUGGCAGGCGGUUCUCCGACCCGUCCGUGCAGAGCGACAUGAAGCUGUGGCCGUUCAAGGUCAUCCCCGGCCCUGCUGACAAGCCGAUGAUCGUCGUGCAAUACAAGGGCGAGGAGAAGCAGUUCGCCGCCGAGGAGAUCUCCUCGAUGGUGCUCAUCAAGAUGAAGGAGAUCGGUGAGGCCUACCUCGGCACCACCAUCAAGAACGCCGUCGUCACGGUGCCGGCCUAUUUCAACGACUCGCAGCGCCAGGCCACCAAGGACGCCGGGGUCAUUGCCGGCCUCAAUGUGAUGCGCAUCAUCAACGAGCCCACUGCCGCCGCCAUCGCCUACGGCCUUGACAAGAAGGCCAGCAGCUCCGGCGAGAAGAACGUGCUCAUCUUCGACCUUGGCGGCGGCACCUUCGAUGUGUCGCUGCUCACCAUCGAGGAGGGCAUCUUCGAAGUGAAGGCCACCGCCGGCGACACCCACCUCGGCGGCGAGGACUUCGACAACCGCAUGGUGAAUCACUUCGUACAGGAGUUCAAGCGCAAGCACAAGAAGGACAUCAGCGGCAACCCUCGCGCCCUGCGCCGGCUGCGCACGGCCUGCGAGCGCGCCAAGCGCACCCUGUCGUCCACCGCCCAGACCACCAUCGAGAUCGACUCCCUAUACGAGGGCGUCGACUUCUACUCGACCAUCACCAGGGCUCGCUUCGAGGAGCUCAACAUGGACCUGUUCCGCAAGUGCAUGGAGCCCGUGGAGAAAUGCCUCCGCGACGCCAAGAUGGACAAGAGCACCGUGCACGACGUCGUGCUCGUCGGCGGCUCCACCCGCAUCCCCAAGGUGCAGCAGCUGCUUCAGGACUUCUUCAACGGCAAGGAGCUGUGCAAGAGCAUUAACCCCGACGAGGCCGUGGCCUACGGCGCCGCAGUGCAGGCCGCCAUCCUCAGCGGCGAGGGCAACGAGAAGGUGCAGGACCUGCUCCUGCUCGACGUCACGCCGCUGUCGCUCGGCCUGGAGACCGCCGGCGGCGUGAUGACGGUGCUCAUCCCGCGGAACACCACCAUCCCGACCAAGAAGGAGCAGAUCUUCUCCACCUACUCGGACAACCAGCCGGGGGUCCUGAUCCAGGUGUUCGAGGGCGAGCGCGCGCGGACCAAGGACAACAACCUGCUGGGCAAGUUCGAGCUGUCCGGCAUCCCCCCGGCUCCCCGCGGCGUGCCCCAGAUCACCGUCUGCUUCGACAUCGACGCCAACGGCAUCCUCAACGUGUCGGCCGAGGACAAGACCGCCGGGGUGAAGAACAAGAUCACCAUCACCAACGACAAGGGGCGGCUGAGCAAGGAGGACAUCGAGAAGAUGGUGCAAGAGGCGGAGCGGUACAAGGCGGAGGACGAGGAGCUGAAGAAGAAGGUGGAGGCCAAGAACGCGCUGGAGAACUACGCCUACAACAUGAGGAACACAAUCAAGGACGACAAGAUCGCCUCCAAGCUCCCCGCCGACGACAAGAAGAAGAUCGAGGACGCGAUCGACGGCGCCAUCAGCUGGCUCGACACCAACCAACUCGCGGAGGCGGACGAGUUCGAGGACAAGAUGAAGGAGCUGGAGGGCGUCUGCAACCCCAUCAUCGCCAAGAUGUACCAGGGCGCUGGCGUGGACAUGGGUGGCAUGGGCGGCGCCGCCGGCAUGGACGAGGAUGCGCCGGCCGGUGGAAGCGGCGCGGGGCCCAAGAUCGAGGAGGUCGAUUAAACUGGAAGAGGCGGUGGUGAUUCUGGUAGCGGGACAGUCUGAAAGUCUGAAAUGUGGUGGGUUCGUGUUGUGAGUCGAGAUGGAGAACUUUUGGGUCAUUGAUUGGAUGUCAGUGUUAUGUAAUCCUGAACUUGGGUCGAUUUAAGUAGCCGGUAUUGUACCGGUGUUUGCUUCGGAUCAUGUUAUCUUU